UUCUUCUUUAUUUUCCUGCUUUGCUCCAUUUUCCUGCAAAACCCUUGUGAAGAAUUUCUGAAACCAAAGAAAAUUUUGAUUCUUUUUUAUUUUUAUUUUUGGAAAAUAUCACCAUUGAAGCUCUGUGCAUACUCUGCAAUGGCCGAGUUUUAGCCGUAGGGAAGUAUUGCAGUGUUUAUUAGUUUCAGUAAUUUCAACUGUAGAAGUUGGUGUUGUUAGAUUUUGAUCUUUGUUCUUUUUGUUUAGUGUCUACAUUUUUGGGGUUUAUUAAGUUUGAGUUGGGUUUUCUAUAAUUUUUCUGGGUCUUGAUUUUGUGUUUGUAUUCUUUAUUAAAAAAACAAUUUUGAUUUUUUUGAGAAAUGUUGGAUUGUUAGAUGGUUGCUUUAAUCAUUUUGGGUUCUUGAGCUACUAAUUGAUCUCAUUUUUUUUAAUAAUAAAUUUUAUGGGUAUGUUCUAAGUUUUCAAUUGUUUCUAGGAUUUUAGGUCAUUGGAAUUUUUGUUUUGGUUCUAUGAAUGGAGGGAAAAGAAGGGAUUAAUAGUUCUAGGGUUACAGUAGCUCCAGAGAGCUAUGGAAUGGCUGUGAGGAGUGAAAAUCCCAGCCAAUCAAGUGGAUCAGCGGUGGUGGCGCCGGUGGCUGUGACAGCGGCAACACCAGUUAGUGUGGUGGCACCGGGGACGGCGGGGAAGAAGAAGAGGGGCAGGCCAAAGAAGUAUGGACCAGAUGGGUCACUGAGGGUAGCAUUAUCACCAAUGCCGAUAUCGGCCUCGAUUCCGCUGACCGGAGACUUCUCUGCUUGGAAACAGGGAGGAGGGAGGCCUAUUGACUCAUUCAAGAAGAAACAUAAGUUGGAGUUUGAGACUCUGGGUGAGCGGGUAGCUUACUCGGUCGGUGCAAAUUUCACGCCUCAUGUGAUCACUGUUAAUGCUGGCGAGGAUGUUUCAAUGAAGGUCAUAUCAUUUUCUCAACAAGGAUCUAGAGCUAUAUGCAUUCUUUCGGCCAAUGGAGCAAUAUCAAAUGUCACCCUUCGCCAAGCUAAUUCUUCUGGUGGUACUUUGACAUAUGAGGGUCGUUUUGAGAUACUUUCCUUGACUGGAACAUUUGUGAUUACUGAUAGUGGAGGAACAAAAAGCAGAUCUGGUGGGAUGAGUGUUUCUUUGGCAGGCCCAGAUGGUCGUGUUUUUGGGGGAGCACUUGCUGGUCUAUUAGUUGCUGCUGGCCCAGUUCAGGUUGUGGUUGGUAGUUUUUUACCUGGCCAUCAUCAGGAGGAGCAGAAGCCCAAAAAGCAGAGGUUUGAGCAUGCACCAAAAUUUACUCUUACGUCUGGAGAAGGAACAGGGUUAGCCUAUGGUGGACUACCAAAGCCAAACCUCACACCUCCCUCUUCUUUCCAUGGAGACAAUGUGGCCUCUCCAAACUCCAUCCAUAUUUUGAAAAAUAUAGCCACUGAAAAUGAAAGAACCUUACUUCGAGCUGAAUCUAAAGACCCCAGCCCACGAAAUUGUGAGUUUUCUUGGUGAUCAUGUAUGCGUGGUGUACCUUUGUUGUAACUUGUAUCUCAGCUUCCGUUUUUUGUGAACUUAAAGCGUAAAGCUGAAUGUUCCCUCAUCUGACCCCUUGAUAAAUUCAUUGACAAAGUAGGGUUUAACAUGAGGCCAGUUUUAAACUGAGAGUUGUAUUUGUAGGAAUUAGGUUAUUCUGCAUUUGUUGUCAUUAUAUGUGUAUCUAGUGUAGUGUCUUUUGUUGACAGAAUUUUUUUUAUGUGUAUGACACCUUGUUUGUCAUUCUUCUCACUUCUCGGUAUGAAGAAUUGGCUUUUAAUAGGAUUUUGUUUUUUGUU